AGAUAGGCUCGUAUGUUUUAUUUAGAUUGACGCUUUUAUUAGCUUUUCUCUGCAUUUGAGAGAUACUCAUGCAUGAUGCUUCACUUUUAUGUAGUUUUUAAGUUACACGGAGGAGUCGCACAUUGAUUGAUCGCUUGUAGUUUUGUGUUUUGUGAAGGAAGUAUGGACAGCCGAGAGGUUUUCCUUGGGCGAAGGAAUGUAGGGAUGAAGGUUGCCCUGGGAGCAGCGGCAGCCAUUACUGGGGCUAGUGCCCUAAUCUACAUAAUCCUAAGGUCACGUAAGUGGCAAACAGAGCAAGGAGGCAAGGAUGUCCCAGGCUCCAGGCACAAGGUUGGCACACUUGGCCAAGUGUCGUCACAUGAAAAAUCAGACGUGCAUGUGGGGGGGGAAACUGAGCCCCAAAGGGAGUCCAAAGAUCACCAGGAGAAGAAUAACUAUGUUUCCUAUAAGAACCUAAAUGGCCACGUGCCAGCGAAUGAGGACAGUGAUUUGUCACCAGAUGAUUUUGCACCCAGAAGUGAAGGGUUUGUUGAUGGGGAAAAGGAGAAGACCAGCAAGGAGAUAAACACUGAUAAAUGCGGGUCUCCUGAAGAAGUUCCUUCCAAUGCAGGUAAUGAGACCCAAGACAACUGCAAGGAAACCACUGUCAAGGUUGAUGUGCUCACUUCCUGCAUUGUGACAUUGAAUGCUACUAGUUGUUUGGGAGAUGAAUGCCAGCUGGAAGAUAAGGAUGAGGGCCAGUGA